AGAAAGUUGGCGACCGCGUGAGGCCCUCCGUAGACCGAGAAGUGCAGACGGAAUUGGAACCUCCUGCUUCAGCGAGAUCAUGUUUCUCCAGUAUUACCUCAAUGAACAGGGAGACCGGGUCUAUACCCUGAAGAAGUUUGAUCCUAUUGGACAACAGACCUGCUCGGCCCAUCCUGCUCGGUUCUCCCCAGACGACAAGUACUCUCGACACCGAGUCACCAUCAAGAAACGUUUCAAGGUGCUGAUGACCCAGCAGCCGCGCCCUGUCCUGUGAAGGUCCCUUCAAUUUCAUGUCUCUCCUGCCACCGGCGACCCCUCUGAGACUUUUCCGAAACCGAGCUUUUCAGUCUGUGAGCCUUGAGGUCUUCUUACCACCCUUGCUCUUUGGAAUCGGUGUCGUCAUUACCUUAGAUCAUGCUUGUGGGAAGCAAUCAUGGUAGCACCCCCUCCCCCCCCGCCCUUUAAGAAAACAAGUUUGAGUCUACUUUUCGUGUUUUGAUGGCCACGUUAUUAAAAUGAUUUGAAAGAGCUCUUAUUUUGCAUGUGUGGGGGGAAAAAGAGUGGUUUAAAAAUAAAAACACGAGGAAGGUGAGAGGGAAGAGCAACCCAGGGGCACACUUGGAAGAAAAUCUUAAAAACUGCUGUAGCUGGAGUAGUGCUGUACUGUUAGUGAUAGGAGGGUGUUGGGGAAGGGAAGGUUGAGAAAGACUCACAUAAUUGUCGGCAUUCACUGAACAAUACCCCUGGGGUCAUGUAAGUAAUUUCUUGCCCCUUGAAAUGACAUUUUGACUCAAAAUGGAAGAGUUGCUUGACAGGUAAUAUCCAUAUUGUAGAGGGAAGGCAGUGUAUUGGAAGUCAGGAGACCAGGAUUUUCCUCUCUUUGUAUAACUUUAAGAAAGUCACUUAACCUGUUUAGUCCCAUUUUUCUCAUCAUUCCUAAGUUCUCUUCCAACUCUAAAAUGAUUUGGAUCAGUGGUGGACCUUAAUUUACCUACAGUGUUCUCUAACCGUUGUGAAUAUUUAUGCAUAUUUACUGCCCCUCUGGUAAUAUUCCCAGGCUUUUAGUUCUCUUCAAGGAAUUGCCCUCUUACAGUAGACACCUAAUUUUAUAUUCUCUCUGGCAGCUGGCUGCUAUGUGGAACUACAUAUAUCUUAAUUUAAAAGAUGAGAUACAAGAGAUUCAAGCGGAGAUUUUGUUUUCAAGCUACUGUUCGGGGUUAAUAACAAAAAUACUGGGUGAGUUUUGGAGCAGCUGUCAUGGAGCAACCAUGAAAUUUUAAUUCAAUUACUUUAUAUUAAAGGAAAGAUAAGACAAAAUAUUGAAUAUGGGUAUUCAAAAAAUGCUAGCUUGUUUUUUUUGUCUAUCUCUCUUUGUCAAGUUAAUCCUCUUAUUUCCCAGUCUUCUCAUUUGUGGCUUUUGACAUUAGAUUUGAAUGUUUGCUUAAUGCCACAGAUUAAAAAAUUGUUUUGUGGA